CAAAAGUACUACAGCGAUUGUACAGUAGGCAAUUGAAGUGGCUUACUCCUCUGAGUGGCGCGUGUCGAAGAGAUAUUUAACCACGAGACAGUCGAGCUUGGCAUGUCGGUAGCGGUGGAUGCGGCGGAUGAGCUCUGUGCUCUUGCCACUGAACAUGGGGCCGAUGAUGAGUUGUAGACACCCUUCAAUGUUCAUCCUCAUUGCGCCGAGCUAGUCAGUUUAAGCUUGAAUGGAUUUAGAACCAACUUAGAAAUCUCUAGAUUUCGAUAACCUAUAAUCACACAAGUCCAAAGUGACCAUGGUUGGCGAAGACGAGGCCAAGCGCCAGAGCUUCUACGUGGUAUAUAUCCCGGCGGACGAGACCAAGGAGCUGGAGGAAUGGACGGUCAAGCUUCCACAAGACAAGGAGGCGCAGCUCGGCUGUUUGACGGAGCGUCUGCGCGAGCAUUUUAAGAGCGGCGCCACUGCGGCAUCGAAGCAGCAGCAAGAGGAGACUUUCAAGCAGCAAUUACUGGCCCAGCUUCCCAAGGGUGCCACUUUGACGGAUGAAAUGCUGCAGAUGAUGUUGCAGAUGGACAGCCUUGUAGAUUCCAUUCCGCUCGUGCUCAACACGCCCGACGUCAAGCACAUAGGCAUCAACAUGUACGUGGACGACAAGGGCACAGCCAAGGCUCUACCCACCAACAUUCGCGCGUCAGCUAUUGCGCAGGCCUGUGGCAAAAUGCUGGAGGUCAAGGGCGAUGCAUUCAUUGGUCGGGUGUUCGACAACGACGACGACUUUGUGCGAAUGGAUUUCCGGUUGAGUGAGGUGUCAGGUGACGCGCCUUGGGUACAGACAGCCAAGUUGCAGUCAGCUGCGGCUGCGGCAGGUAACGGAGGUGCGGCGGCGGGGGCUGCACUGGCCCGAGCCAAGGCUCCAGGCAAGGUGAUGCUGCCUGGAUCGAUCCAGCGCAUUUGCGGCGCUGACCGCUGCUCGAAGAACGGCACGCUGCGUUGUUCGCGAUGCAAGGCGCAGUUUUAUUGUAGUCCAGAAUGUCAGAAAGCAGACUGGAAGUUGCACAAAGUCGGAUGCAAGAAGUAAGGCGGAUGACGAAAGAGGAGAAACAAGUUACUUCAGCCGCUGUUCUCUGGUUUCUUUCUUCACAGACCCAAUUAAUUUGCACACGCCCAACUCCGUCAUGUGACUUUUUCCUGUCGUUUAUAGCGGCAAAAUGCGGUCAAUCUCUUC